CCCGCCCACAGCACCUGCGCGCGCCGUUAAAGUAGCAGUAGUAGCAGUCUGAGCCUAUUCCCUUCAGAAGACCCGAGCCACAAUGGAAGAGGCAGAACUGUUAAAGGAGAGACUUCAAGCCAUUACAAAAAAACGAAAAAUCCAGGAGGACAUUGUCUCAAAGCGGCUGGAGAUCGACAAGGAAAAACUUAAACUUCAGCAACUGAAGAAAAAAUCUGCAAGAGAUCUAUGGCUUAUGGGUGGCACGAGUGCUGGAGCGGCCCAGAAGGAGCAGAAAGCGCAGGAUGUCACCCAGCAGACCAAAGCACUACAGGCUAACAUUCAUCGGAUAGAGAAAGAAAUUGAGGCUCUGGAGAGGGAAGAGCUCAACAUCUCCACAAAUGAAGGCCUCAUCCUGAACAGGCUGAAAGCCAUUGAGAAGUCCACAGAGGACAUUAUUAAGGCAGCAAAUGAAAAUUUCAAGUCAGAACCUAUCCAUGUUUAUUCAGGAAUUCCAGAUACUCAAAAAUCUUUAAACAUGAGGAAACAGCCAACUGUGGAUCAAGGAACCAAAAUUGACCAACAGAAACCUGCUUUGUUUGCAAUGGAGAUCAAUGUGCAGAAGGACCUGCGCACCGGUGAGAGCCGCGUCGUCUCCACCAGCACAGUCCCGGCCCAGGAAUUACAGCAGCGCGGCAUCAAGGUGUACGAUGACGGCCGUAAGUCUGUGUACGCUUUGCAUACUGCCUUGGAACAGCCUGAAGCCAAUGGAGUGGAUGAGCUCAGUCCUAAGGAGGUGGAGGAGCUCCUCAAACAGGCCACAGAGAAAAGGAAGAAGCCUCAAGAGCAAAAUGAGCCUCUGUGUAUCAAGAACUACCAGAAUAGCCACUGCUCAGAGAUUUGUAAUAUGGAUAUGAGUGAAUGGCCAGAGCUAGAGUACAGUCACAGUAACCUACACUAUCCCUACCAGGAAAUUCAUGAACCUGCUCACAUGUUCCAUCAUUACAGUGACCAACAUGAGUAUUAUCACAACAGCAAUGGCAACAGCUAUGAGAUAUAUGGAGGGGAAACAAGAAGUGACCCAAAGCACUUUUACGACCCCCGAGAGAGACACAGAAGAACUCCAAGUCAGCAUGUGGACUCUGUUGUGAAUCAAGUACCUCCUUUGUCCUACAGAGAGAACCCUAAACUCAGCAUCCUAAACACUUUGCCUUCAGAUGAACCUGUCUCUAUGAUCUUCAUGGGAUAUCAGAAAGCUGAGGAAGAUGCACAGAGCUAUGAAGGCUCCAUUCAGGCAGAGCUCGUCAUCAUCGGAGACGGUGAAGAAGAAGCCUUAACCAGUGACACUCCUUUCCAAAAAAGACACGUCCAUUCUCUCCAGAACCUCAAUACCAACAAUGCGUCCACACACUUGGCCUCUGAGACGUCGUCUCCAGCUUCCCUGUACAGCCAAACGGUGUAGCAAGUGGCAGAUGAUGGAACUCGGCUCAAAGGCUUCACGGAGGAAACUGAAGAUUGCUGACUACAAAAUCAAAAAGACUCACCUCGCAAGAACUUUAGGUAUCCAGUUGGAGUGAAAGAAGCAAGAACGUCUGACUGGAUUUGCAUAGGGAUAAGAGUCUCGCUUUGAGUCUGAGAGGUCAUCGAUUCAAAUCUCAGCCCUUCUUUCUUAUGAACCAUGAUAUAAUUCAGAUUUAUUCCUGUCAGCAGCAUGUCAUUAGCAAAUUUAAUGUGAAAAUUGAUUAAAUGUAUAAUGGACUCAAAAAGCCCAAAAUAAUUAAGUUAGUAAAGAUACAUAAUUGCUUCAAACCGCCACAUAACCGCAGUCUUAUUAUAAUCAGAAUGUCAAUAAUAUACUCAUCAUUUCCUAAGGCGGUUAUGCUGUGUACCCAAAAAUAAUCUUGCUGCAAUGUUCUGAUGUUCUAAUGGCAAUAAUCUAAUAAUAAUCUUUUUCUCUCACAGAGUUCUUUGCUGUCACUUACAUAACAUUCCCCAAAUAGACAAAAGCUAACAUUACAUUUGUGUUAAUCGUUCCUGCAAACAAUAAUAUUGCGGCAGCACUGGAACCAUAAGAUUUUAGCUAAUCUAAAAUGAUUUUGUGCAGGUGUCACCCUCCUGGAACAAGAAGCUGUCAUGUAACUGGUGUGACCUAGCUAGUGUUUGGGAAUUGGACCUAAAUAAAUUAGGAGAAAAAACACGUAAAUAUAUUAAAAAUGUGGUGAUGUAGUGGGUCGCGUUGUUGCCUCACGGCUCCAGGGUCCCAGGUUUGAUCCUGAACUCGGAUUACUGUCUGUGUGGAGUUUCAUAUGUUCUUCCCCUGUCCAUAUGAAUUUCUUCAAGGUUCUCUAGUUUCAUCCCACCUUGUUAAAAAAACAUGCCAGUAGGUGGACUGGCUAUUCUAAAUUGCCUCAUGUGUGUGUGUGUGUGUGUGUGUGUGUGUCUAUGGUGCCCUGUGAUGGAUUGGCAUCCCAUCCAGGGUGUAUUCCUGCCUCACAUCCAGUGUUCCCAGGAUAGGCUCCAGAUCCAUCCUCACCAGGAUGCAGCGGUUACUGAAGAUGAAUAAAUUAAAAUAAAAAGGUUAAAUAAGUAAAUAAAUUAUAGCAAAUGAAAGUAGAAGACCAUGAUACCCCAAUAAAAUCCAUUUCCAAUCUCCAUUAUAAUGUAUUUACAAUGUUUAUACUAUUUACAAAAUUUACUGUUUACUAUUUACUAUUUACUGUUAUGUAUAAACUUUUGAGAAAUGGGGAAAAUAUCACAUAAAACAUAUAUCCUUACUCAAAUAUUACAGUAUUUAUGAUCAUAUAUUAUAAACAGUACUGUUUCUUGUAAUUGUCUUUGCCUGUCAUCUGUUUUUGAUAAUAUCAUAACCAGCACUUUUUCUACUAAUAAGCAGAUCUGGCACUAAUGUUUACUUCUUCAUAUGUAAUGUCCACUUACUAAACUUUGUUACCAAAUCUAUAACUCUAAUAAACCAAAUUCAUAACGAAAAGGAAGAAGUUUUAGCAAUGGAUGAUCCAUUAUAUAGCAAGACAGUCGUACAGUAAUUUAUUUUAUUCCACCCAUUUUAUCUCAUCUGUAUGACAGUUAAUAUCAAUAUAAACAGUGAAGAUGGAAGCGAGCCUCAACAGCACAGAUGGGAGUAGAAAUUAAAAAAAUGUAGGGAAUCCGAUAGGUUCAAUCUGCAAACACUUUUAUUCUUUCGUACUCUCAAUACAAAUGACCUCAAUGUGUAAUAGAAAUAUACAGUAGUUUAUUAAAAUGGAGUAUCAUGUUCAAUAGAAUAAAUGAGCAAAAAUUGUUUUCAUGUUUGAAAAAAAUAAUUGUUAAAUUAUUGUAAGUGUUGCUCCAUUUUUAAUCCGAUAUUAAUAUGGAUCAUCAGGUACUAGGUGAGAAAGUAAAUGGCAGAAUGUCAUCUGGAAAGCUGAAGGGGAUCUGGGCUGGUGUGUGAGUGGAUCAGUGUGUCAUUUAUGUUUGUAGCAGCUGUUUAUGUCAUCUGGGUUACGACGGCUGAUUUGAGCCGAGCUCUGUUAGACUCCAGCACUGGACAUGUUACAACAGAGACAUGAUAUUUCAGUUCUAAUAUCACCACUAUUCUUCUUGCAUUUGUCAAUAAAAUAAGACAGGUUCGAACUUGAUAUUAUGAAGAGAUAUCUGGAAAUGUUUAUUUUAAUCAAGUUUACAAUAUUGUUAUAAGAAGAAAUAAAACAUAAAUCUUCCUGAUAGUAAUAAAGCUUAAUAAAUACCAAUUGUUCAUAACCAUGGUGCCUGUGCAUGUCACAUAUCCAUCACACAGGAUAAUUAAAUCCAGACACGCCCACAAUUAACCAUAUAUGGUGUGUGAACAUCCCUUUAAAGAGUUUUGACAGUGAUACUGAGAAACAGGCAAAGAAAAAAAAACAUUUUAUAAUUAUGAUAAAUGCAUAAUAUAUGUAUCAUGUGUUAUCAGGACAGUCUGUCAUAUUGUAUGGGGUUUGAGUGUAACUAAAAAUGUAUUCAUAUUUAUCUUUUGUAGGUAAUUUCGUAGAUGAGCAGGCAUUUUUGUUUUCCACUGCUAGGUGCUUUAAGAAUAUAUCUAAUUAUAUUAUAUAGUGAAGUUAAUGUCCAUUUAUUAAAUAUAUUUAUGAAUAAUAAUGUAAGUUGUAUUUUACUUAAAACAAGUAGUUUUUCCUUCAAAUGAAUCAUUUCUGCAAACUCAUAGUUUUUUGGUUAGAACUUAGUAGAAGCAGUGAGGAGCUGUUUGGGAAUUUUAAGCCUGGGUGAAGCUCCUCAGGAAGCUGGUGGAGAAGAUGCCGAGAGUGUGCAAAGCUUCAUCAGGAAUACUGUCAGGGAUUUCAAAUACAAAAUAGUUUUGAUUUGUUUUAAAACAAUUGAAAAUGGUAAAAUUGAAGAAAACCCUUAUAUGAGUAGGUGUAUCCAUUCUCAUAGUCAAGACAGAAAAACUGACAGCAACCCAAGCAAACUAAGUAGGAAUCCCAGCAGUGCAGUCAAUGAACAACUAAUAUUUCACCAAAGGGAAAUGAGAAGAGGAAACGCUGGCCAGACAUGUUUUAUGUGAAAAAAAGUUGUGUUAAUAUUAUUUUGCACCAAAUGUGUUAUAUUUUGGAUAAACACGUGAAUACUUAAGUAUGAUGAAUGAUAUUAAAGAAUGUGAUGCUUA